UAGAGCUUUCUGGGAUGGAAGAUGGAAGACAAAGGGGCUCGUGUUGCUGACUAUUUUGUCGUGGCAGGAUUGACGGAUAUUUCCAAACCGCUGGAGGAAGAAAUCCACUUCAACGACGCUUGUCAUAAACUUGCAAAACCAAAAGAGCCCAUCACAGAUGUGGCGGUAGUGAUUAAAUCUCUUGGGGAGGAGGUACCCCAUGGAUACAAAUGCAUAGAUGUUACUCCAUCAGGUCUAUCGGCGGAUCUCAACAAUGGCAGUCUUGUGGGUCCACAAAUAUACCUUUGCUACAGGAGGGGAAGAGACAAGCCCCCGCUAACUGAUCUGGGGGUUUUAUACGAUGGGAAAGAGCGAUUAAAGCAGGGCUGUGAAAUCAUUCAGACUACGCCAUACGGCCGCCCUGCAAUUAUCAGUGGUGGAGCCUCAUCCCAAAAAGUACACAUUACAUAUCGGAGGGCCUUGGAGAAUAUGACCCCGAAUACUCUGGCUGUAACGGAUAUAUGCAUAAUUGUCCCGAGCAAGGGAGAAACCCCACCACACACAUUCUGCAAGGUUGACAAGAAUCUCAACAACAGUAUGUGGGGCUCAGCGGUCUUCUUGUGCUAUAAGAAAUCUGUGGCAAAAACAAACACCAUAUCAUAUAAAGCAGGUUUACUCUGUAGAUAUCCAGAAGACGAUUACGAUUCAUUCCCCUUACCGGUAUCGGUACCACUUUUUUGUCUCCCCAUGGGGGCAACAAUCGAAUGCUGGCCAGCUGAUAGCAAGUAUCCCCUCCCUGUUUUUUCUACAUUUGUACUGACUGGAGCUUCGGCUGAAAAGGUGUAUGGUGCUGCUAUUCAGUUCUACGAAUCAUAUCCGGAAGAGAAUCUGACGGAGAAGCAAAAAUCUCAGCUGGGUUUAGCAACGACUCCUGACAGGAAAUCUGCUAGUUCCAAAACAGUCCAGACUAACAAGUGCAUUUGCCUUCUUUCUCACUGGCCUUUCUUUGAUGCUUUCAAGAAGUUCCUCACCUUUUUGUACCGUUAUUCCAUUUCCGGUCCUCAUGUUCUGCCUAUUGAGAAGCAUAUUUCUCAUUUUAUGCACAAAGUUCCUUUCCCAUCCCCGCAGAGACCGAGAAUUUUAGUCCAGUUAUCACCUCACGACAGUUUGAUCCUUAGUCAACCCAUAUCAUCACCUCUACCACUGAGCGGGGGAAAGUUUUCUACUCUUCUGCAGAAUCUCGGACCUGAGAAUGCAGUAAAUCUCCUUGUAUUUGCAGUGACGGAACAUAAAAUCCUUAUCCAUUCUUUACGGCCGUCUGUCCUAACAAGCGUAACAGAAGCACUAGUCUCUAUGAUCUUUCCUUUCCACUGGCCGUGCCCGUACAUUCCUCUUUGCCCUCUGGCCUUGGCAGAUGUUUUGACUGCACCAUGCCCGUUUAUAGUGGGGAUUGAUUCAAGAUACUUUGAUCUCUAUGACCCUCCGCCAGAUGUUAGCUGCGUCGACCUAGAUACAAACACCAUUUCACAACCUGGAGAGAAGAGAAACAUUGCGUGGAAGAUUUUGCCAAAGAAACCUUGCAAAAACCUGUUGAACACUUUGAAUAACCUGUUUCAGCAGCUAACGGAACUGCAGCAAAGACCAAGGGACGAUGCAUUGAUGGAAUUGGCUAUGAAUGACUAUGAUUUCAAUUCGGGAACCAAGAUGCACUUAUUAGAUGUGGAGAUCCAGGAAGCAUUUCUCUGUUUCAUGGCCUCUCUACUAAAAGGUUACAGGUCCUACCUGAGGCCUAUUACCCAAGCACCUUCUGAAACAGCAACAGACGCCAGUUCUCUCUUUGAACUGCAAGGAUUCUUAAAAAGUCGUGAUCGUUCGCAUCAGAAGUUUUACACACUGAUGACCAAGACACAGACGUUUAUUCGCUUCAUCGAAGAGUGCUCCUUUGUCAGUGAUAAAGAUACAAGCCUUGCAUUUUUCGAUGACUGUGUAAACAAAGUAGAUACUGAUAGGACUGGUGAUGUGCGGCUUAUAGAACUGGAUGAGUCCUACAGAAGUGAGCAUACCGUCUUCAUAACCCCUCCAGAGAUUCCUCACCUUCCCAAUGGAGAAGAGCUUCCUUCACAGUACAGUUAUAACGGAUUUCCUGUGCUGAAGCAAGAUCUGUUUGAGCGGCCCGCGGGCCUCCUCACUACGCGGAGCAGCAAAGCGCCCUCCAGAGCCAGCAAUCCCAACAGCCCGCUGCCCAUGUUCAGGAGAACAAAGCAGGAAAUCAAGUCAGCCCAUAAGAUUGCCAAGAGGUACUCGUCUAUUCCUCAGAUGUGGUCCCGGUGCCUUCUGCGCCACUGCUACGGCCUAUGGUUUAUCUGCCUUCCCGCGUACGUCAAGGUGUGCCAUUCCAAAGUGAGGGCUCUGAGGACGGCCUACGACGUGCUGAGGAAAAUGCACGCCAAAAAGAUCGAUCCCCCUGACGAGGUAUGCUACCGGGUACUAAUGCAGCUAUGCGGGCAGUACAGCCAGCCAGUUCUAGCAGUGAGGGUCCUUUUUGAAAUGAAAAAAGCUGGAGUUGAUCCAAAUGCCAUUACAUACGGUUACUAUAACAAGGCUGUUCUGGAAAGCACCUGGCCAUCAAGCAAUCGAAGUGGCUACUUCCUGUGGACAAAGAUAAGGAACGUGGUCUUGGGAGUAGCACAGUUUAAAAGAGUGCUAAGGAAACAACCUGUUAACGGCUUCCACAAAGCCCUUUCAGGGGAGCAUUCUGCCCUCCUGUACAGGCUGUCCAAAGAAGCAGUGAAGCAUGGGAAAAGAACUGUUCAGAAGAAGGGAGAAGAAAAGAAAGAAAGUGACUCCAGCUCGCUGUCAGAAGUGGAAAGUGGAAAGGGAAGCGGAGACUGCCUCCCCGCGUUAAACUACCAACAUUCCAAUAGCAUUAAGCACGCUUCAAGGAUCGUUCGCGUCAGCCGCGCAGUUGGCAAAGCUGCGGACAUCGCUGGAGACGUUGACGCAGAAAGCCCUGCAGGGUUGCUGUUUUCAUCUUGUUCAGAGGAUACGAACAAAAGGAGGGUUUCUAAAGCUGAGUGCUUAAGAAGCCUGCAUUUGACUGCGGCUGAAGCAGACCACAGACGGAUGGUUUGGAGGAACAGAAAUCGCAAUCUGAGCGGAGGUGCCCUGUUGGAGCUAAUGAAAAAUCGAAUAAACCAAGAAGCCAGUCCCGGAGAAGUUGUCCAGAAACUAGGCGCAGAUGCAAAAAUCCUUUCUAAGGCGUUUGAGAAGAGAAUAAGGCCCAAGACUCUCAACAUCAGACCCUCUUCCUUGGCUCCCGACAAGAAAGGGAAUGCGGAUAAAGAAUCCAGCGAUGAGGAUACACCCUUCGAGAACAGUUUCGUGGACAAAACCGAGUCCCCGGUUAUAUUUGAUUUAGAAGACUUGGACAACGAGCCUGUCUUGGCAAGAACUGUGAAGCCGCCGAAGAGAAUUCAGCGUGCCGUCAGCUUCCCGGUAAAAGAGGUUGAGAAAACCGAUGUCGAAACUGGAUUUGAUCCACUCUCCCUGCUAGCAGCUGAGACUAAGCAGCAGGUAGAGGAUGAGGAGGAAGUCGAUGAUAAAAGUGCCUCGACCCCAUCCGCCAGGCGAGAUUUAGCUGAGGAAAUAGAGAUGUACAUGAACAAUAUGAGUAGUCCCUUAACGAGCCGCGCGCCGAGCAUAGACUUGCAAAAAGCGUUCCAUGACAAGAACAGCCAUAAAAACAGUCCAACUCAAGUGCAAUCGGGCCGGAGAUCUAGCCUCCCUCAAAACUCACCCAGGCCGGCGAGCCUUACCAAAUCCCAAAGCUACCAGGUAAAAAAUGAAGAAAGAGUGAGAAACAGACUUUGGUCCUCUCCAACGUUCUCUCCGAGCAAUCUAGCGAGGGGAGAGUCCGAGGAUACGGCCGGUACGGUGACAUUUGCUUCUCCGACCUCAUUCAAUUUGGAUACAUUGCUGACUCCUACCUUUGAUGUUCUAAAGACCAGCAUGUUUUCUGCGGGGAAAGGAGUUGCGGAGAAGGCCAGCAGGUGGUACUCCAAGUUUACAACAUACACCGGAUCGUCAAAGGAUCAGAACUCAGACCGAGCAAGCGUUUCGUCCCUUGGGGCCCUGGAUUCAGAAUCUGCAUCUCUGACCGAUGAAGACGUCUGCAACGAUUCUGAAGGCGCGUCGUCUCCUCAAGAGAACGUCUCUUCAGUGCUGAAGGGUAUUGGCCUGAGUAGAACAAGCCUUGAGAGCUCAGCUUCCCACACCAGCUCAUCAAGGCAAUUCUCACAAUGUAGCUCUCUCUCAAAGUUCCCUUUGGCAGACAGGUCAGACCUGCUCUCCUCUUGCAGUACAAGCAGUGCAAGCAUGUUCCAGAACUAUGCAAUGGAGGUCCUCAUCUCGAGCUGUUCACGCUGUCGAACCUGUGACUGCCUAGUCCACGACGAAGAGAUCAUGGCAGGCUGGACGGCAGACGAUUCCAACCUGAACACCACGUGCCCUUUCUGCGGAAACCUGUUCUUGCCUUUCCUGAACGUUGAAAUCAGAGACCUCCGUGGCCCUGGAAGAUAUUUCCUGAAGGCUAGUCCAUCUUCGGAGAACGUGCAACUUCUGCUGCCGCUUUCAACCCAGACUGAAAAACCCUGCCUCUCUGAUCCCUCUUCAGGAUGCACUACAUCUCUGAUAUCUGCUCAGGGAGACUUGCAUUCAAGCAGCCGCUCCAAACAGCCGGACCCCGCCUGUGCCAGAAGCAUUCAGAUCCCUUCUGGAAGAAGGCAGGGUGCCUCUAGGAGCGAGCACGUCAGUCCCCCCCUCUCAAGAAGCAUUGGGGUCUAUCGCCCCCUGGAGGCGGAGGACAAAGAGAGCUGCCAACACAACCACAUCAUUCCCACGGGGAGCCUGCCGACCACACUGCAGGGCACGGCUGACCCUUUGGGGCUAGAGUGGCGAUUAACUAGUCCAGAGCCCAUCACUGUUCCUUACCUGAGUCCUCUUGUCGUAUGGAAGGAGCUUGAAAGUUUGUUGGAGAACGAAGGGGAUCACGCAAUCACAGUGGCAGACUUUGUAGACCACCAUCCCAUUGUGUUCUGGAAUCUCGUGUGGUAUUUCAGACGCCUGGACUUACCCAGUAAUCUACCAGGAUUGAUACUGUCCUCUGAGCAUUGUAAUAAAAAUUCAAAGAUUCCCCGAAACCGUAUCUCAGAAGACAGCAAAUACGUUCUCAUUCAGGUGUUGUGGGACAACAUGAAGUUGCACAAAGACCCAGGCCAGCCUCUUUAUAUCCUGUGGAAUGCGCAGAGUCAAAGCCACACUCUUGUGUUUGAGACUCAGAAUUUCCCCAUGGUUCACUUGCUGCAGAGUGAGGACAGUUCAUUCAGCCACGAGCUUUUAAGGAGCAUGGUGAAGAGCAUUAAGAUGAACGACGUCUAUGGCCCAAUGAGUCAGAUCCUAGACAGACUGGACAAAUGCCCACAGAUUAAAAGGCAAAGGAGUCUGUAUAGAGAAAUAUUAUUUCUGUCUCUUGUUGCUCUCGGAAGAGAUAACAUUGAUAUAGAUGCUUUCGACAGAGAAUACAAAAUGGCCUACGAUCGUCUGACAGCAAAUCAGGUCAAAAAUACCCACAACUGCGACAGACCUCCGAGUACAGGAGUAGUGGAAUGUCGAAAGAUUUUCGGGGAGCCGUACCUCUGAAAAGGAAGAGAUUGCUGCAGGGUCCAUAUGUUUAAAAACAAAAUAUUUCUCAAAUGCUUUUCGCCUUCUCCAUCUAAAAAGGGACCCUCUUUCU